CACAUGGUUAACGAACCACAACACCGUCCUCUCAUGUUCUCAUUGGUCCACAGAUGAUUACCGGGAUUGGAUGUAAGUAGCUUUUACCGAAAGGUAAACAUUACAGGGAAGUGGGAGAUCCAGCACUUCUUGUUCCGAAGAGCAGCGUCGUGGUGUUGAGACUAAACGGGAUAAAUAUGAGCUAAAACUACAGUUGGAGCUGUCAAACCUCAGCAGACAUGGUAGAGGUAUUUACCGGGCGGACGCUAUUGAAUAAAGACGGGGAUUUCGUCGACCCCGAAGAAGCGUUGAGGAAUAAAGUGGUUGGGAUCUACUUUUCUGCAGGAUGGUGUCCGCCUUGCCGGGACUUCACACCCAUCCUGUGUGAUUUCUACACGGAACUGGUUGAAGAGAGUGAGCCCCCGGCUCAGUUUGAGAUAGUUUUUGUCUCCUCUGACAAGUCGAGCGAUGAUAUGGUUGAAUAUUAUCAUGAUAUGCACGGAGACUGGCUUGCUCUGCCCUGGACGGAUGACUACAAACAUGAGUUGAAACAGCGCUACAAGAUCACCGCGGUGCCCAAACUGGUGAUCGUGAAGGAGAACGGUGACGUUAUCACAGACAAGGGAAGGAAACAGAUCAGAGACCGAGGCCUGGGCUGCUUCAGGUCCUGGUUGGACGCUGCAGAGAUCUUUCAGAACUUUAAGGGUUAGGAAACAUCGACAAGGAAAAUGUCAACCCAUCUUUUAACACGGGCUACUGUAAAGUAACCACAGACAGAGCUGAGCAAAACCAAAGUAAAGUCUUUCUACAUUCACUUUAGUUAAGUGGAUCCAAGCCACAAGGUCAGGCAUUACAGAGAUAUGACAGAUCAAAUUACAUUUCUGGUACACAAAAUUAUAUUUAUUGCUUUAGAUUCUUCUCUAUUUUUUGGCUUUCUUUUAUCAAAUAUUGGAACUUGCACUGUAAAAUCGUUCAAAUGAAAGAAAGAAACAUUUAAGACAAACCUCAGGCAUGUCUGUUGUGGGUCACAAGUGAAAAAUUCUCUGUUUAUGGAAACUGUGUGUUUAAUAUCAAUAAUACAAGCCAGCUACAGUAGUUUUGCAGUUUAUUCAAAAAUAUAUUGGCUUGUGUUCAGUAUAAGCUACUGUAAUAAUUAAACUUACUGCUAAAACCUGCCUAUAUUAAAUAAAUAAUUCCAGAGAGCUAGCCUUUGUAUAUUUACAAAAGUUUGACAUGUAGUUCUACUUUGAGCUGCCUGUAUAUUUUUAUAUUUUGUUUUUUAUGAGUUGCUAAGAUUGGUUAUUAUUAAAAAUAGAUAUAUUCUGUGA